CACAAAUUGGGCGGCAAUCUGAAUAAAUAGAAUAGGUUUAUAAACGCAUAUUUUAUCACAAAGUCUUUUGUCUAUUUUAUUUUAUCUUUUCUUAUAUAUUUUGGUUCUUUUAUACUGUAAAUAAUAAGAAAGAGAACAUUGAUUUCCAUGUGAGAUGAAGUGAUAAUGCUCAGCCAGAAUUUUUUUUCUUGGAAUUGGGGGAGCAAUUAAUGGCUCAGCUAGUUUCUCAUUUUUCAGAAUUGGGCGAGCCUUUGCAUGAGCAAGAGCAAUUGCUCUCCCCUUAUUGAUAGGCCUGGUAUAGGAUCAUAAUAUAUACAACUUAGUGUAUCUGAGAACUAACUGAUGGAUUGAAAAUAGAUUGCUUCCAAUGUGUAGAGCUUGAAACGCUCAUCAAAAUAAUGUAUAGGAUCAUAUAGUUUUGACGAACCGUUGAUGAGAUUUAGGGUUUAAAAUGUUUGCUGACGUCAGCAAUGACCCGUCAAAACCCUAAAUUUUUUUUAGAAAUUUGUAUACCUGUUGUCGUAUAGAUCUUAAAACGCUGAUCAAGAAAAUGUAUAGGAUUAUGUACUUUUGAUAAACGGUUGCAGAGAUAUUAGGGUUUAAAGGUUUUUUGACGACGUCAUCAACCCGUCCAUUCCGAAACGGAUUCGGGGACCCAUGUUUGGGAAACUUACCCAAAUUGGUCCUAGGUGGUGAAAUGGGGAAGAUGGCACUCUGUGUGGUGGGCCACUGGUGUUGCAAGGAGUUGUCUGGCAGAGCAAUGAUCCUAAUUGGGUCUGCAUAGCUCAGAGCCAAGUUGUUAAUGUUCCUUUCUUUGAAUUUUAGAUCAAAGUGGUUGAGCGAUUUCAGAAAAUUGUUGAUUGCAAUUCAAUUUUUAACAUCAUUAUUAAGUUGUUACUAUUUUUUCUAAAGAGGCUACGAAACGGCUGUUGGUUUUCGACUUUAGUGACUUACACUAAAGUAUAUAAUAUUGGGAAUCCAAAUAUAACUGAAAAUGACAGAAAAGUUUCCCACAUAUAUUGGAUAUCCAUAAUUAUUCGAUAUAAGUACUUACCUUGCUUUUAAUUUAAGUUUUCUAAUAAAAUUAACUUCAAACCUUUUGAACAAGGUAGCUAGCUAUAUCCUUCAAAAGUUUAUUGAACAUAAAGCCAGUCAAAGCAACAACAAUGACUUUAAAAUCUUUCUAGGGGGAUUAAUUACCUUCUUAAAGCUAGUAACAUUGCAUUUCUUAACAAAUACAGCUCCUCGUGUCAUCUUUGUUCCUCGUCAAAACAAAUUCCGAUUUACUUAUUUCAUCGCCAAAAAGAAUAAUAAUAAAAUUUUUCUUUUUUUAGAAAAUAAAAAUUUAAGUAGCAAAUACAUUUGACCUUUAGAGUGGUCAGCUUAUUAUACGCCAUUUUUCAGAGAAUGUACGGGGAUAGAGCUUAUUGAAUCCUUUCGUAGCCCCUAUUGUACAAAAUUAAGAUAUCAUCAUCCUUUUUAUAACUGACAUAGGCUAGAUUGAAGUUUAUCAUGGCUCGUGUAAAAACCGCAGAUUUAAUUACCAAAAAUCUACUGGAAGUUUUAAAGGAUCUGUACAUGAACACAGAACUCAGUGAUCGAGCAUUUUUGAGAUUCCGGAAGAUUAUAUCUCUGAAAAUUACACAAUUAAUUAUUCAUCCGUGGAACAGUUUAGCCUAAAUGAUGCUCAAAUGGAGGCUACGCCUAAUAAAAGGAAGUUAACGGAAGAUAAACUGGAGCAACUGCCUUGUAAAAAAAUUAAAGAUGAUCUCGACAUUUUACAAGUUUCCACUACCAAUGAAAUUACGCCUGACAUUAAUACUAUAAAAAAAGAAGUUAUAGAAAAUAUUUCUGAAUGGAAGGGAAAAAAGAAAGAGAACGGUUGUGAAUCUGCUGACAAAUACAAUACCAUGACUUACCAGAUAACAGUGGUAUUUCCGUGGAAAUUAAAAAUGAAAAGAUAAAAAUCCAGUUAGAAAAUGCUGGUAAUGAUAACGAAGGAGUAUAUUUGUCUGGCUUUUAAAUUGUUCCAUUUGCUGUUAUGCCAGUUCAUGCAAUUGUCUUGUCGUUGAACAGUGAGUACUUCAGAACACUUUUUUCUGUCUCGGGUAUGAAAGAAAUCCAUCAGAAAUACAUCACUAUUAAAGUUAAUAUCGGAGAAGGACAGUAUUUGGAAAAAUUGAUACAUGCUUUUUAUGACCAAACUGUUUUGCGUGGUUUAACAACUCCAGAACUUUUGCAGGUUUUACAAGUAGCUGAUCGAUUUUCGUGUGUUACCUACAUCGAAAAGUGUAUUUCAUUGUUAAAGAAAGCCAACAUCACUUCAUUUUCAGAAUGUAAUGAUAUUAUAGAGCACCUUGGAAAUUUCGAGCGAAAGAUAGCACGUUUUAUUGGAAACAAAUGUGUUGAUAUCGAACAGCGUUGUGUCAAAUUCAUGGUGAAACGUUUUUGUCCUUUAGAAAACAAAAUAAUGCAACAUGAUAAUUUUCUCUCCAUUACCUAUAAAUCACUGUUGCUACUGCUCAGAAGUCAUCUUCCAUUUACGUAGAAAGAAAAUAGUGUUUUGACUUUUCUUGCCUGCUGGUUGGACUACGACGAAGCACGACAAAAAGAGGAUAUUGUGGAAACAUUAUUGAAAGAGAUAAAUCUAACUCCUGCGUUUUUGUUUGACGAAAUUACUGUAAAUCAUCAUUUAUUUAGCAAAUGGUCAGGCUAUAAAACUUGGUUUAUGGACGUGCUCGCGUUUCAUGCAUUUUCUGAUGAAAGGAAAUCACAAGCAUUCUUUCAGACAUUCCCAAGUCGAAACUUUAAAAGCAAUCUAAAGGUUCCUGGGUGGCUUGUAAAGUUUGAAACUAUCGGAUCAACUUCUCUGGUGCUCAUUGAUGACAAUUUUACAAUUUAACAAGGGUAUAAUAUCAAGCCCCGUUUGUUUUUAAAAGAUUGCGAUGAAGAUACGUACAAGAUUACUCUUCAUAUUACGCAUAGUAAUCCACUGCACCGUAGUUCGUUGCAUACGUUCAAAUUUAACUUUACAACAGCAAUAGCAGUUCUUCCGAAUUGUGAAACCUACGCUGAAAGCCAGUUGUUUUCGUCAGACAGUGGCCAAUUUAUCAAACAUCAUUUUCGCCAAGUGGAAGUUGAGUUCAAAUCCAACACCGACUAUUUUGAAUGUGAGUUUGCUUACGUCACGAAAGACUUGUGGCGGCUCACUGACGGUUUUCAAGUUGCGAUGGCGUUUAAAGAUGCUCGUGAUAAAUGGCCUUAUUUUAUGAAGACUGUACAGAAACUCGACCAUAACAAACCGUUUCUUUCUAAUGAGAGUAAAUUUUGGCAGUGGCAGUUUGAUGUCAUGAAAGAUAAAGGGCCGUUUUGAAUAAAAAUAUUGAAUCUAUUUUUUAGUAUAUAUUUAUAUGUUCUGCAUUUGAAGUAAAGAUAUACAGUGAUAGCAUUUAGUUAUGUUACACUUUUCAAAAUAUAUAUAGCAUUCUUGUUCAGUUAUAUUAUCACGUGGUAUAUGUUUAUAUUAAACAUGGCCACACAGAAAACGUGUCACUGAGACCGAGCAAAGAAUUUUUGCAGAAAUUUAUUCUUCUACGGACCGUGUGAAAUUCAACGAGUAAAGGCAUGAAAUAUAAAUCUUUUUCGUUUGGUUUUGUUUUUAUAUUAGUGAAUGUUACUCGUUCGUAAACCUUGUUGUAUUUUUAGAAAGAAACAGAAAAACUAAAAAUUACAUAUUUUUGUCGUUUCUUCUCUUUCUCAUUUAAUUUCUUCACAUAAAUUGCCAACCAACAAAAUUUGAUUUGAUAUAAACAUCGUCUUUAGAAGGCCCUGAGAACGAGAUUGGUCUGACAUAUUAGUUAUUUGUU